AUGCAGGUGCCUCCAUACAACAGCCUAGCGGUAUCACCAUCUGCGAGGGGUACCUGCUUGGACGAACCCUCUAACACAGAGCUGUCAGCUCCACUAUUGUAUCCAGAGCCCACCACACUGCCAUUAUAUGCCGGGGUAAUCCCCGCAGCAAGCAGUCAGCUCUUUGACCUAUUACGAACGAAAUGGCUCCGCCAGCUGAUUCGGCCUCUGGCAUAUGACUCGCUGAUCGAAUUAUACCACCAGGAAUCAAUGGCCAUGGCGAUGUACACGCCAUUCUACAUGCACGCUCUGCUGGCUUGCUGUGCAGCCGAAUACCCGGUUGACGAUGCUAAUGGCAGCGCCAGGGAGGAGUUUUCGCGGUUAUCCAGGAAGCAUUAUAUUUGUUCCAUUACGGGUCUUCGGGAGGCUCUUAGGACUGCUGAGUCCAACAUCCAUAGAGAAGGGAUUAUUCGUACUGUUCUCAUACUUUGUAUAUUCGAAAGAGCUAAACCUUGGCCAUCCAGUGGAGUUGGUGCGCACCUUUCUGGACUCGCUCAGUUGAUACAAUCCGAGUCCGCAUGGGGGACACUGGACUGUCCAGUAUCUACCGUUGGAGUUGCUCAACGUCGCAUUGUACUAGAGGGCUUCGUAUUCCACGCGGCAACUAGCGUUCCCUUCCAGCCGCUCUCGGAUCAGCAGUCCAACUUGGACUGGACGAUGCGGUUUGCGCAGACCAAGCUUGAAAGUAUGUUUAGUGAAGGAAGUGCGGUGAAACCUGAUUCGCCAGUAUUGGGUGUUGAACCGAAGCUAUUCGUACUCGUCCGUGAACUCUCUUUGAUGCAUCGAGAAUAUGAACAGUCCCACGCGGACUGCAAUAAUCCUCGUCUUCAACGAGGCCAAACCCUCAGCGCAAUGCAAGAGCAGCUCUCAGUAUAUCGCCGUCUUUACUCGACGGCCCCAUGCCGUUCACCAAACUAUUUGGCACCGCGAACCCAGACUCUAUCGUCAGGCUAUGCAGAUGCCAGUGGUAACAACCCACUUUUAAUCGGACCAUUGUUAUACAUCACCGCCGCCGAGAUUUUACUCUCCGACAUAUUAGGCAAUGCAACCGCACAGAACCAUUUCGUGUCUGCGUUGAGUAUCCCAGGACUAGUCCUAGAAGGAGUCGAACUCGUUCGCCAACUCGACCCGACGAAGGACUAUUAUGCGGAAUAUUACGGAUGGCCUAUCUACGUUCUAGCGAAGUUUGUUUCACGCGAGCAAGACCGAAAGUGUCUUCUGUCUCAGGUGAAUGCGUUUUGGCAGGAGACGAGGAGUGGCACAAUGGCUAGAUUAGCGGAUAUACUGGGUAAUGGUGAUAGGAUAUCUACGUAA